CGCCGACGACUUUCGUCCCGCCGUCGCCUCUCAUCACAUCCCAGCUCCCGUCCCCGCCUUCCAUUCCCAGCGCCUGAACCUGCCUCCCAUCCACGUGAUCCCUCUUUCCAUUCAGGCAGCGUGCGCUCCAUUACCGGCAUCUGCUACUGAAUCUGCCUCCCUAGUCGCACGUCCUGUUCAUCUCCCGUACGCACGCCCGCAAGCGAGGGCCACACCUUCCGGCGAACAGCUACCGGCAGCCAGCGAAAGAAGCACGCCAGAGAGAGCAAGGUCUGUGAUGUGGAAUUUCUGAGUAGCAGAGAGAAUAUGGAAUCAAUCUUCAGGAAAUGAAGUAGCAGAAUCGGCUGCAGGUGCAGGCAGAGCCCCAGCCAGCGAUUCCUUCUUUGCUGGAGCGGUGGCGACCCAGCAAACAGGACAAGAACAGAUUUUGUCUUUCUGAAAGGAUAUCUGUUCUGUAUGUGCAAAGACAUCCUUGAAAAUAUAUCAUCAACCCAAACAACUAGCUUAUGGUAUUAUCAAAGAUCCAGCAACUUCGGUAUAACCCAUCAGAUUCCUUGUGGGCGAGACAUUGUAGCAAGGAGGCAUGAAGGGCACGGGAAAAAACCCGAUCCUAUGUCAAACGAAGUGGAGAAAGGUAGCCUAUGGGGGAAUGCAACCAGGAUACGAUGACAACUACACCGACGACUCGUUCCUUGAGGAGAUGGUUAUGAAUGCCAAUGUUGUCAAGAGGGAUUUCCUCAGAGUGAUGGUCGACUCAGUCUCCAUUUCCCAGUAUCUCUGCAUCGUUGCUCUUGUGGUUUCGACGUGGACACAUACACUGAAUUUGGCCAUUGAUGAGAUAACCCUUUUGAAAUUCGAUAUUGGUCUCGUGCUUGUUGGUUUCUUGGUCCUCUUGCUCACAACGAGUCCAUUCUCCCUGAAGCUACUCUCAAGAUAUGUCCUCAACAUAUCAUUCUUCACCAGUGGCCUCUAUGUUUUAGCACCAAUCUGUCAUACCCUCACUAGGUCCAUCAGUUCGGAUUCAAUCUGGGCACUUGCUGUGUUCCUUCUGCUGGUUCAUCUCUUCUUGCAUGAUUAUUCUGGUUCGACUAUAAGACCUCCAGGUGCACUCAACAACCCAAAGUUGACCAGCAACAUCUCCUUAAACGCAUCGAUAGUAGCAUCUGUUCUUGUAGCUUCGCGUCUGCCAUCUUGGCUGCACGUCUUUGCUAUCAUGCUCUUCUCCUUGCAGGUCUUCCUGUUUGCGCCACUGGUUACAUUUUGUAUCAAGAAGUACUCCUGUAGACUCCAUCUGCUGUUCUCCUUUGCUCUGAUGGUCAUAACCUUGGGUGUCACGUACCAGUUGCAUCGGAUGCUCUUCAUUUUACUGCUGGCGCUUGUUGUAUUCAUCUCGCUUGUUUGCCCUUACUGGCUUAUCAGGAUUCAAGAAUACAAGUUCGAGAUCAAUGGUCCCUGGGAUGAAGCUAAACUUUGCUUUGAUAUAACAGAAUAAGUCACAUGUGCUGAAGAUUGGGGUUCAUUGUAUCGAUGACUGAUGUACUGCUAGUCUUUGUUGCAAGUUUCCAUGUGUAUGUACAUGCUCUUGACGUAACAUGUUUUGUUACUGUGGUCUAAAUAGGCCUUGUAUUCUGGAUUCCAGUGAUGUGUUUUUGUCAUUCAAAGUUCAGGCUUCAGUGUUGGAACUAAAUAACAAAACAUGAAAAUCUUUUGUCAAGUCAAGGGGAUGCCGCCCAUCAAGUAAUUUUCAUUUGCCUAUCUCAAUGGAAGCUAGUGUGGAGUUAGACAGUUUAUCUGUAUUGUUAGACGUUUUGGACAGAGAUUCUCACUCUCCUGACGUAUGGACAUAUGCCUGGGGAAAAACAGAAUAUGCAGCAAGCAAGUUCUAUAAAUUCUAUUUCAGGGAGAUCAAACCACUGGCAUGCUUGCCACUUAUUUGGAAAUCGAAGUGUGAAAUGAAGCACAAGGUGUUUGCGUGGCUUCUAAUGAUUG